CCUUCGAGUUCACCGAGUAGGUUGCCGGCAACCUCGCUCUCUUUUGAAACGACUCACGUUCCUCCUUCGUAAUGAACCCAGUGCAUACAAGACAUCAUGCGCUACUCUACACUGGCCUCUACUGUUCUUUUGGCGGUGGCCACAGCUCCCGCGCUUGCUCACCCGAUCACCAAUCGCGCGACCGAGGAUGCCUCCAUGGUUGAGCGUGAGCUCCAAGACGCCCUGAUGGAGCGCGGCUACUACUACGACCUCCUCCCUCGGCACUUCGGGGCGCACCACAUGCCUAGAUCGGAAAGGGCUGUGGACCGCGCCGCGAGGGAGGCGCAGGCACGGGUACGCGAGAAGGGGGCGACGAUCCUUAUAGCGACCGCGGAACAUCACCAGAAAAAGAUUGAGCAAAGUCAUCAGCCUCAACAAACGCCUCAACAAAACAGCGGCUCGAGACAGGGAGCGGGAGCCCAACACCAUCCCCGGGAGUAUGACCUCGACGGCGAGCCGUUCGGGCGCGGCUUCGAGGUAGAUGAGCUUGACUGAGCGGACUAGCAUGAUCGUGGGGCCGUUACGAUGUAUCUCCGCCUGUCGUACACAUCGUGUACAUUGUUGCGCAUCACUUGCAGUGUCAAUCGUAACCUGAACACUCACUUAUGCGUGCUUGGCGACUAGAUCAUCAGCAAAGUGUUGCUCAUGC